CCUCCGUGCUCUCCCGCAGGCGCCCGUCUCACUCUCAGUCCCGCCGCUGCCGCCGCUGCCGCCGCCAUCAUCCGUCCGUCCGUCCUUCCGUCUGUCUGUCCAUCCCGGAGCGCUCCUCGCAGUCAUGCCUGCUCCCGGCCUGGCCAUGACGAGCGGCCAGGCGCUCCCAGCCUUCCUGCUCUGCAGCGCACUGCUGGUUCUGAAGAUGUACGUGGUGGCCGUCAUCACCGGGCAAGUGAGACUUCGGAAGAAGGCUUUCGCCAACCCCGAGGACGCCCUGCGCCACGGGGGCCCCCAGUACUGCAGAAGCGACCCGGAUGUGGAGCGGUGCCUCAGAGCCCACCGCAACGACAUGGAGACCAUCUACCCUUUCCUCUUCCUGGGCCUGGUCUACUCCUUCCUGGGGCCUGAGCCCUCCGUCGCCUGGAUGCACUUCCUCGUCUUCUUCCUGGGCCGCCUGGUGCACACGGUAGCCUACCUGGGGAAGCUGCGGCCGCCCACGCGCUCCGUGGCCUACACCCUGGCCCAGCUGCCCUGCGCCUCCAUGGCCCUGCAGAUCCUCUGGGAAGCGGCCCGCCACCUGUGACCGCCCAGCGCCAGCGCCGCCCGCCACCUGUGACCGCCCAGCGCCAGCGCCGCCCGCCACCUGUGACCGCCCAGCGCCAGCGCCGCCCGCCACCUGUGACGGCCCAGCGCCAGCGCCGCCCGCCACCUGUGACGGCCCAGCGCCAGCGCCGCCCGCCACCUGUGACCGCCCAGCGCCAGCGUCGCCCGCCACCUGUGACGGCCCAGGGCCAGCGCCGCCCGCCACCUGUGACCGCCCAGCGCCAGCUGCUGUGUGAGGGGCCCUGGCUUCCUACUAAGCCGGCUGCUCGCGUGGCCUGUGUGAGCAUGUGUGUGCACGUGUGUAUGUGUGCACAUACAUGUGUGUGCCUGCGUGUUUCUUAGCCCCUUAGAUUCCUGGAUGGAGUGGCCGACUGGGGCCAUUGAGAGACUGCUCUCAGACAAGUAGAAAAUCCUCCACCCCGAGUGAUGGCACAUGCCCCCUCCCCGGGCGUGGCGGAGAGAGACUGCUCAGGACUCCCAGAGCCAGCCCCCGCCCUGGGCGGGACCGCGUGGGCCAACCCCCCGGGCCACUCCAGAGCGCGGUCCAGACUGCGUCCCUAAGAGCGCUGUGGCUCCUUCGAAAUCUGUGAAGUCUGAAAAUGGCAAUUGUCCACCCAGGGGAACCGUGUGCAUGUGUGUGUGCACACCUGUGUCCCAGGCUCCCAUCGGACCACGCGCGUGUGGUUGUCAAUCAUUAAACGGCAGUUUCGGA